AAAGAAGGAUAAUAUGAGAACAAGUCGCGCUGUAGACAAUUUCACGGAUCCAAGUCUCCGUCUCACAGUCCCCACCGCAACUCCGAGAUUCGAUAAAAUUGUCUCGUUUUCUCAUUCUUUAAUCGAACCACCGACCUGUCCCUCCCUCCAUCUUUCUCUCUCUGCUCUCUGCUCUGUGUUCUCUGUUUAAUUUUCUUGGCCCCAAGCUCACACUUCUUUGAAGAACUUCUGAUUAUUGUAUAUCCACAUGGCCGAAAAUCUCAUUUCAGGCAAACAUCAAGAAUUAGUCUUAACGUCUUUUUAGGCUACAUCAGACUUUGCAAAAGUGAACUUUAAGCUCGUGCCUCGUGGGCCUGAGGCUCACCUCGCUGAACUAGUCCCCCGCUCGGCUCGAGCUCGUUUCAUCUAUGAGUUGAGCUUCGACGAGCUACUCGAACCUUUUGCCACCCCUAUCUCUUAACGCCCUCUCUCGCGCGCACACGAUUCUAUGGAGUUUGCUUCAAGAUGACUUCAAAUGGUUUAAAGUACGGAUGGCGAGUUAGUGGUGAGGAUAAACCAUGUGAAGACAAUUCAUAGUGGACAUUAUCAUUUCCUUUUGUUUGGCCUGAUAAGCUUGACCACAACUAUUAGACUUAGAGUUAGACUAAAAUGAAAUGGGAUAUCAAAGCAUUAGGGUCCGUUAAAUUUUUGCUAAUUGACAUAUAUGGAGGGUGAUUGAUGGAAAACAUUAUUAUAAACAUUGGUAAUUUAUUAUAUUAUAAUCCUUUAUCAGCAUGGCUUAUGGAUCAAUCAAAGGCAAUAAUAGAAUAUUCUCACGCUCCAGUCUAUAAAACAGGGCUUCUUCACUUAUAAUCAAGAAAACUUUGAAAUCUUCAUCCACAGCAAGUCAACAGCAUCACCCCUGUACCAUGUCGAAUCCAAUUGACCCUACUGUUGAUCCAUAUGGUUAUAUAGGCAUGGCCAGAAACCCCGAUGGGUCUAUCACACGUAUAUUUGAAGUUUCUACAAACACUCCUGCUUGUUCUAAUCCUAGUGAUUCUAGUCCAGUUCUAUCCAAGGACAUCCCUGUUAAUGAAUCAAACAAAACUUGGGUCCGUGUAUUCCUUUCUCGUAAAGUAUUCGAUUCUAAACAGGUCGAAAAACUGCCGGUUAUAGUGUACUACCACGGUGGUGGGUUAGUCCUGCUCAGUGCCGCCACUACCGUGUUCCAUGAAUUUUGCAACAAAGUGGCGAAUGAAAUACCGGCAGUGGUAGUGUCGCAGGAGUAUCGUCUUGCCCCGGAACACCGCCUUCCGGCAGCCUAUGAAGACUGCAUGGAAGCCUUGCAGUGGUUCAAAACCACCAGUGAUGAGUGGCUAACAAAAUAUGCUGAUUUCUCGAAGUGUUAUCUCAUGGGAUGUAGUGCGGGUGGGAACAUAGCCUAUCAUGUUGGCCUACGUGCAGUUGGAUGUAUUGAUGAUCUCAAUCCGGUGAAGAUCAGAGGGUUGAUAUUGCAACAACCGUUCUUUGGUGGGACAGAGAGGACUUCGUCAGAAUUAAGGCUACUCAAUAGUAAGGUGAUUCCACCGUGUGCGACUGAUAUAAUGUGGGAACUGGCAUUGCCAGUAGGUGUUGAUCGUGAUCACGAGUAUUGUAAUCCAAUUGCGGGAAUGAAAUCAGAGGUUUUCGAAAAAAUCAAGGAGCAGGGGUGGAAGAUCUUGAUCACGGGAUCUGAGGGAGAUCCACUGUUUGACCGUCAAAUUGAGCUCGCCAAGGUACUGAAAGAGAAGGGUUUGAGGGUCAUGGACGAAUUCUGCGAAGGAGGAUAUCAUGGUUACGGGAUAUAUGAUUUAUCGGUGUUCUCAAGAAUUUUAUAAAAUCUUUGUAAUUUUUCCAAAAGAAAUAAAUAAAUAAUUUUUUACAUUUUUGUUUUAUUAGAAGUGAUUGUAAUAUUAUGAACUUUAUCGGUCUUUUUGUGAGCAUCUAUAAAUGUUUUGACAGUAUAUGUUUC